AUGGAAAAUAGGCAUCAUUUCAAGCCUCCAUUGAUAUUCUUGACAAAGACAGCCACGGAAGGCGAAGAGGACAAAAACAACCCAGCAGAAGGUACACCGGGCGCCUUGACCAAAGUCACCAUCGCAGACCGCACCUACCAGUCCGCAACAUCCAAGACGACCUUUCAGCUGCGAGUUUCAAGAGACGUCUGGGAUAUUAUCAGCGAGCUGGAACCUCAAGUUCCUAAGAAGCCCAUUAUGUACUCGACAGACUUUGUCAACGUCUACCAAGAGAUCAAGCAGCAUUAUGAGGACACGCUACCCAACACGGAACUCAAGGCGAGGGCUUUCUCAACUUCGAGUCUGAAUUAA